AUGUAUGCCGCCCGCCGUGAUGGCGCCGAUAGUGGCACCAUUGAUCCCGCCGCGCUCAAUUCCCCUGGUGAGUACCUGACUCUUUUACUCUCAUCCUGCCAUGUGUCAGUCCAGGCCCUCACCACCAUCCCAUUCAACAUCCUCCACCCCUCCACCACCACAACAGCAACUGUCCCACCCCCAUAUCGCCAUUCCUCCCGGCCGGGUCUUGUAUGUUGUCGGCCUCCAAGACGGGGCCUACCAUCGGCCAUGUCGCAGUUACCGCCCCACCAUACACAGGGGCAGGAUCAUACCAUCCCUCCCCAAGUGACGCAGACCUAUGUGCCGCCGCCAGCUCCGGCUGCGCCGGCGCCAAAACCGGCGGCCAAGACUGUGAAGGCUCUGCCCACUGUCAGAGACCACACGACUGAUCAACUGAACGAGGCACAUGAUGAGUAUAUUCCUCGCGAAAUCGACGAGUUUGGCGAGAAGAAGGUCAUGGCCAACGGGACCCUUCUCGGGAACAGGCAGUACCGCUGCCGCACCUUCCUCGUCCCUAACCGCGGGGAUAAGCUGUUCAUGCUGGCUACCGAAUGUGCGCGAGUUCUAGGGUAUCGUGAUUCUUACCUGCUCUUCAACAAGAACAGGUCUCUUUUCAAGAUCAUUGCCACCCAGCAGGAGAAAGAUGAUCUGGUACAGCAGGAGAUCUUGCCCUUUUCAUACCGCUCGAGGCAGAUCGCCAUCGUUACAGCGCGGUCGAUGUUCCGGCAGUUCGGCAGCAGAGUGAUCGAGGGUGGACGACGGGUGCGGGAUGAUUAUUGGGAACAGAAAGCGCGCAAACAAGGAUUUACGGAAUUGGAUGCAGCCGGCGAGAAACGGCCAGGAGCAGCCAAGGCGAGGGAGCAAGCUGAGGCGGCACAGAACAAUGUCAUGCUUCCCGGUACCCACACGGAGAUUGUCUACAACAACAACCCGGCUGCGUUUCCUGCAGGCCCUCCCCAGCCUCCCAUUCUUCAACCAGGUAUGAUGGGAGCACCACACGGAACCGUUCCAAGGAUGCCUGGAUUAACUAGCGGAUCAGAACUCAUGGACACGCGGCCUCGUGACUAUAGCGGCAUCGUCAAGGGCGGACCUCGCCAGGAGAUUACCGGUCCUCCGUAUCAAGAUCAGACGCGGCCUACCUCUCUCAGCGAGAUUGGCUCACAGGCCACGCACGCCAACGACUUUAGCCGCUCCAUCAACCAGGCUCGCGACAUGCGCACCGACUACCUUCAGGGAAGCUGGCGACGACCUCACGAGCAGCCGUCCUCCGGUCUUGCGCAGGGGGUUGCGUCCGAUACGACCAUCCCGACAUCGCGACCCACGACGUCCCCUCACGCCACAGCUAGCAGCAUCACACAGCCUCCAAUCACAUCGCAGAGCCCGCAGAUGAUGAUGACGAACCCGCCGUAUACGCAGUCGCUACAUGCACACAACCAGCCGCCUAUGCGAUCUGGAUCUACAGGCAGUGUCGGCCAGGGUGCUCCUAACUACAGCUACCAGCCUGGCCAGGCCAUGUGGUCGAACCCGCAGCAGCAAGGCUACGGCAGCUACACAACGCAGCCUCAACAUGCGUCGCAGUCGCCAGCACCACAGCUCCGCCAGCCAAGCGGACAAAUGCAGCAGGGCAUGCAAUUCCCUGGUAUGGGCGGCAUGCAAUACGGGGCAGGUAACAUCUACCCUGCUGAUCAAACCCCGAGAGGCUACAUGCCCCAGGGGUCGCCGACCCAGCCACAGCAAUGGUCCGGACAGCAGCACUCGCAGCAGCAGCAGCAAUGGUGGCAGCAGAAUCAGCCACAGCAUCCCCAGUAA